AUGACAUCAUAUUCUGCAGUUAAGCGUCAACCAAAAACAUCGGCUACAUCAAGAAGUAUAUCUCAAUUUCAAGUUACUCUUGAGCAUGUCCUUGGUUUUACAUCAAUUUCUAGUUCAGUUGUUAGUCAAAAUCAUUCUACAAUAGCUUAUGCUGCUGGUUGUACUGUUAUUCUUUAUGAUAGAAGCACACAGAAACAAGAUUUCGUUAUCAAUACGACCCGUAAAACUAUUAAAUCACUAUCGAUUUCACCAGAUGGUCGAUAUCUAGCAACAGGCGAAAGUGGCCAUGAUCCUAAAGUGCGUAUUUGGGAUCUAGCUGGUGAUAGAAACAGUUGUAUCGAAUUAGGCGACCAUCAAUUUUCUAUUGAUCACGUGUGUUUUUCACCAAAAAUUAAUUAUUUAGUUUCUAUUGGUUCGUCGCAUGACGGAUAUAUUUAUGUAUGGAAUUGGCAGCAUAAGAAAAAACUUACUUCAAAUAAAUGUCUAUGUUCUAUUCAUCGUAUUGCUUUUGCAGCCGACGGAAGUUAUUUUGUUACAGUUGGCAUUCGUCACGUUAAAUUCUGGUAUUUUACUGCAAAAUCAUUGCUUGAUGCUGUGCCAUUACGUGGACAUGAUGCAAUCUUAGGUGAACUUAAAAAUAAUAUUUUUACGGAUGUUGUUUGUGGACGUGGCAAUUGUACUGGUUCGACAUAUACUAGCACUGCCAAUGGUCUUAUUUUUCAAUUUGAUGAACAUCGAAAAUUGCGUGCCAACAGAAAUCUUCAAAAAAAAACAAAUUGUUUAGCAAUUAGUGAUUCAUAUCUUGUUGUUGGAUGUGUACAAGGUGUUAUUUAUAUACUAUCAGUCCAAACUCUUGAAUCUGUUAUGUCAGUACCGUUACCACAUUGUUUAGGUGUUGAUACUGGUUUGAUCACAUCAAUUAAUCAAAUGACACAUUCGCAACAACCCAAUAUUUCAUUUCCGGAUACGAUAGCUGUUUGUUUAGAUGAAGAUAAGUCACUGUUAACAUGUUUUUAUAAUGAUCAUAGUUUUUAUAUUUGGGAUAUAAAAAAUGAAAGAUCGAUAGAAAAACGUGUUUCUCAUUUGUAUCAUUCAGGAUGUGGUUGGGGAAUUGAAACAUAUGCUUGGACAAGUGCGUCACCUUCUAUUUUUCGUCCGCUGACAUUUAUAACAUGCUCAUCUGAUAAUACUGUACGUUUUUGGUCAUUAAAUCAUGAUGAAACUGAUUCAAAUUUUACUUCAUCGCAAGCUGCCAAUAGAGUUGGUAGAGAAUUAAUGAAAAUUGUGUAUUUAGAGGAAGAUUAUUCAAAACUAUGUGAUAGUCCAAGAACACAAGAGCGAUCGGAAUCUUCACCAAAAUCCGGUGGUCGUUGUAUAAAAAUGUCUCCUGAUGGUUUAUCAUUAGCUAUCGGUGAUCUUAUUGGAAAUAUUCGCAUAUUUGACAUCCAAACGUUUAAACAAAUACAACUCAUUGAAGCACAUGAGAGUGAAGUACUUAGCGUUGAUUAUGGCCAGUCAAGUGAUAUGAAUGUAACUUUUCUGGCAUCAUGUAGUCGCGAUCGCCUUCUUCAUAUAUUUGACGCGUCAAGAGAUUAUCAAUUAGUAACAACAUUAGUUGAUCAUUCCGGAAUUGUAACUGCUGUUCGUUUUACAUUUUCCUCCAUAGCUUCCAAUCUACAAUUAAUUUCAUGCAGCGCUGAUAAAUCAUUGAUAAUUCGAUCAAUUUCUAAAAAUGAAAAUGGAAAAUAUCAAUUUCUUCGUUCACAUAACAUUUUUGAAAAACAAACAUUUCACGAUUUAACAGUCGAUCAUUCACAUGAAUUAAUUUAUACAGCUUGCCAAGAUCGAAUGAUACGAGUUUAUAAUACUCAAAGUGGCAAACGAGUUCGAAUAGGUAAAGGUUCAAUCGGUGAUGAUAAUGGCUAUUUAACUAAAAUCGAUAUCGAUGCAUCCGGACGAUAUUUGGCAACAUCAUCUACAAAUAAAUAUGUUUAUCUCUGGGAUACAAAAACAUCAGAAUGUGUUGCAUCAUUGUGUGGUCAUGGUGACAUCGUUACUGAUUUAAAAUUUAGUCAUGAUGGACGUCAUCUGUAUACAACAGCUGGUGAUAGCUGUAUUUUUGUGUGGAAUAUCGAAGAAUUAGGUGUUGCACCGUCAAGUUGUCGAUUAACAUCGAGUGCAACUGAAGAGCAUCAACUACAAUCAAGCUCUCCGCAAAGUUUACUGGCAACUCCUGAACCUGGUUUACCACAACUUGGAACUGAACUCCCUGAUUCACAAAUAUUUAGUUCAAGUGAUAAAAUGAUUUUUCUACAAGACGAUGAGUCAGCUUUUUCCAAUGAAGAUAAUCAUACAACUUCAGCUGAAAAAGUGAAUUCAUUUUUUACUACAAAUUAUGAUCAUGAAGAACCAACAGUCAAUACAGCAGUUGAUGGCACAGUUUCAAAACAUAAACUUGAACGGCAAAACAGUGUUUCUUUUCGUUUCCGUUUACAAUCACAAGAUACAGCAGAAUCGGAUACAUUAUCAAUACCAAUAAAUACGAUACAGGAAGAUGUGCUUGUAGCCACGUCAACAAUCGAUGAUAUGGGAACAAAAUUAGUACCGCCGAGAUCACCAACAAAUCCACAGACUUGUGAUAAUGAACUAGAAUCCAAAGGUCAUCUUUGUUCAUCCACUACUUCGCUGAAUAAGAUUACCGGAAAUACGACAUCAUCAGCAUCAUUGUCUCACUCUUAUGUACCAUCCUAUGCAACAUCUGCAACAAGCUCAACGAGUCAAAUUUGCGAAGAGUUCCCGACUCCUGGGCACUUGGCCACGUCUCUUGAAAAGCAACAAUAUCCUCAAUCGACAGAUGAUUUACGAACAUGCACAUUAAAUGGUAAUGAUCAUAAUCUAACCGAGAUUAAAUUGCAACGAAGUCUAUCAAUACCAGAACCAUUAAUCAACGAACCGAAUGAUCCGAUUAUAAAUGAUGAUCGUAUGUUCACUGUUAAUCAUCUUGCCAAUGAUCUUCAUAAAAGCCUUGAUGAAUUAGAGAACUUGUAUGGAUCGGUUACACAAAGCUCAGACAUAAAAGAUACGGUGUUAAAACAAUAUAUUAAACAGAUAUAUUUUGAUCUUCAUACGCGUAUUACAAAUGAUCAACAACAUGAAAAAAAUGAGCAGUGUUAG